GCUGCUGUAGCCUACCUGUGUGUUCAUUCUGGUCUGUUUACACAGUAGCCUACAGUGUGAAAGUACUGUCAAUUGCUCUCAGCUGGUGAAGACAGUACAAGCUAUAAUUGCCUGAACACCGUUUCCAUGGAAACGUAAACAAAACGGCUGGCUGUGAUUGCUUCACACACUCUCCAGCGCACAGACACGAUUUGAAGUUUGUCUGCGCAGUAACUGGCUUUCGAUCAGUUUCACCGACUGAACAGCAACAUUUCUUUCUCUCCUGUCUCUCUCUCUCUCUCCAGCCAUCAGAAUGGACUUGAACAAUGUCAGGCGUGUAUCCUCUGCAGGUUACCGGUUACCGGAACGUUCCAACGGAACCAGGCCCGUGACAACCCAGCCACCGGCUGCGGACAGGACGCGCUACGCUAAAGGAGACGCGGUGUCCCUGGAGCAGAGUCCAGACAAGAAGGACCCCGUUAAACAGGACCAGGUGUGGAAAGAGCUGGUGUGGAGUGAGAGGAGAGGAGUACGGGAAUGGGAGAAGAACUGGAAUUUUCUCAGGAAAUAUGAUCAGAUGGGACAGCUGAAGUCAGAGGAGCCUUUACCCAGCUACGUGUCGCUCUUCUCCGACCACGUCCCCAACACCACCAACCAGAUGUUUGGCAGCAGGCUGUCCACUCCAAUGGGGAGUGAACUGGUCAGACUGGACAGGCUGUUGCUCUGGUCUGGAAGCAAUCGCAAGCGCAAGCUGGAUCCAGAGAUGCUGCCCUGCUAGACGAGUUACUUCUCAUACAGACCUCUGCACAUCAGGUUUACCAUCCUUGUGGGGAGCACGGGUUUGGCGAGGUGUAGAACUCACCAUGGGUCAGCAUAAGUGAGUUUAGAUUUAGUUUUGAAUUUGAUUUAGAUCAUUUCAGUGGAGAAAGGCAGGGGUGAAAAGAAAAUGAUGAUUUUCUGUCCUGUCUGCUCAUUUACCAUAAGCUGACAUUCAUGAAUCACAUUUUAGUUUAUGCACAGAAACUGUGUUUAUUUAUAGGUUUGUGUUUUGUGGCAAAAAUGUUACAUACAGAGAGUACGAAACUUCAUGUUAAAGGCAUUUGCUCUCCACAUGAAGACAGGUGAGAAGGGAACGUGUCUGCAGAUCAGAUUCUUGUCAUCUGAGCUCCAUCAAGUAUUUAAUCAGAUACUUGAUAAUCCAACAAGAUACCUGAUCAAAUUUGGAUGAGUUAAAGGUUGUAUCACCUCUAUGUGUCUCUGUGGAGAGCCUGUGUACUCAAAUAGUGUGGCAGGGACUCACAAA